AUGUCUGGCCAAACUGCUCAGGAGCAGGUCAAUUUUCUUCUUGCCUGCAUCAAGCACAGCCAGUCAGGCGGCAAGGUCGAUUUUGAAGCUGUUGCCACAGAGCUGAAAAUUGCAAGCAAAGCUGCAGCUGCCAAGAGAUAUGAACGCCUCAAGAAGCGUGCCCUCUGCACUGAUCUUUCGGCUUCUGGGCCAGCUGGUGAUCUCGAUGGGAACGGUAGUCCGUUCACUACACCUCAAAAGUCUCGCACGAAGUCUGCUCCUGCCACGCCAGGCUCAGCCAAACGCAAGCGGAAUGGACAAAGCAACAACACCGAUGAAGAGAAGCAGGAUUCUGAGGUGAAUGUUAAAACCCCUCGUGGUAAAGCCAAAGCAGCAAACCCUACUACUCCCCGCGUGAAGCGUCAACAGGCUCAAAAGGCUGCCGAAGCCAUCAAAAAGGAGGCCGAAGCCGAAGACGCAGAGGACAUUGCAGAACGCGAUGAGCAGCUUGCAUAUGAAAAUUAUGAAUCGGAUGUGGACGAGAUUCGUGACGAUGUCGUUGCAAUCAAGUCGGAGUCCCGAAAUAUUGUCGUGGAUACUGAUGGCUUCUAG